ACAGUAUGGCAAAAACGAGUCUUUGAGUCCAAACAAGGCACAAAUUCAAAUAUACCCACAAAUGAAUUCAAGUUCCACAAGUGGCUGUAAUAUUUCAGGUUACUAAAAAUGAACUGAACUGAAGACCAUAUUAGACCGCAUUGGCAGUUGCAUCCUUUCUUUGGUUUGAGAAGGUACAUUGACAAAACAUAAAUGGGGUGACCUUGUAGUUCAUUGUCAUUUAAAGCUGUUCUAUAAAUUGUUUUUCAGACUGGCAAAGUGAAUGCAGAUGCUUUUCAGAGGAGCUUUCUGCAAUAUGUGUACUGCAGCUCUGAAGAGGACCAACUUCUGGAAAAGGAGCCAUUUGUCUGUCCAGCCUGUAGUCCUGAAACGGUGGCUGUUUCAGUGGAUGGCAACAGAAAACUCUACAGGUUCCAGAAAGCAAACCAGAGUGAAGAGCCAGGGUUUUUUGAUGGAGUGUUUUUAUCCCAAGACUCUGAGGUGUCCAGUUUUGUUGAGGAAGUCCGGGGGGCUGUCAAGAGUACGGCAGGAAGAGCAAUGUGUGGGGAAUCCCAAUGGACAGCAGCAAGAGAGACAUCAAAGCAGGCCAACAAGUUGGACGAAGAAGGUGUAGAAAUUGCUGUGUGCAGGCAUGGAUUCCUCCUCAAAGGUCUGAAUAUGUCUAGAGGAGAAAUCUUUGCAUAUCCAAUGUUUCUCCAAAAAGAGUUCCAGGAUGCUGCAUUUUUGUCCAUGGAUGUGACCUGCUGUUAUGUGCCAUACCUGGAGAAGGUGUCAGAGAUCCUGACUCAUCUUCAGCCUCUUCAGAAAAUCAGACAUUGCUUGUCCGUGAUGCAUGCCAAAGCCCACAAUACAAAAUGUGAGAUUCUGUGGAAUGCAGGGAACCAAGAAGGUGCCGGAACCACUCUUGGUGAAGAAGUAGAGAAACUCAAUAGUUUUCUCUCCAGAUGUGCCCUGACCACAAAGUAUAUGUCCAAGUCAGUAAGAACUGAUAUGCUUACUGUCCAUGCUAUUGGGUGGAAUCAGCGUAAAGAGAAUGGCCUCCACAUUGCCUUUGUCUUCCAGAUUCAAAAAGGAAAUGCAGCAGCCAGUUCUGUUGAUGCUCGUGGUUUGCAGAUCUCCAUCGAAGCACUCUUCGUGAGCAUUUGUCAGAAGAAGCACUACCUUUAUAGACAGAAUGAUCGCAACAAAAGGCGUCAGAAGAUUCCUCAGAAGAUUGCCAAAGAAAAGAAGCGCUUGCUAGAUGAGAUCCAGAGAUACAACCAACAACCUGAUGGUGAUCCUGUGGACACACACUCAGUUGUACAGAAACUCUCCAACAAAGCUGCAGAGAGCAUGAUAUGGCCUUGUGAGGAACAGAACACAGACGGUGUAGACAUUCUCGCCAAGAAGAAGCUUUCUGACCAACUAAUGCUGGUCUUACGACUGACGGAAGAAAAGCAGAUCCUUGUGAAGGAGAUGAUGCAGCACUGUCAGUACCUUAAGGACUCCGUUGCAAAGGUCCAGACACUGAUAGCCACCAUUUCAGAUUGCAUAAAAACAGGAAGUAAGUGUAAAUCAAACUAUAUGGCUUUAUGCACUUUAAAAUUCAUAGGUCAAACUAUUUUCACAUGAAAAGCAAUCAUGCUAGUAUUGGCUCAAGAACUAAGGAUACAUGGCCUUCAAAGAUUAUUUUAUCCAGUUAUUAUUUUCCAAUUUGACUUUGUA